AUGUCAGACCCGGACUUAGAUAACCCAUAUAGGCAAAAUCCACAGAAUCAGCAGAAUCAGCAAAAUUUUCAGUAUCAAAGAAUGCCAGAAGAAUAUCAAAAUCAACAAUACCCACCUCAGUCAUAUGGACAACCCCAGCCUGCAUAUGGGCAACCUCAACCAGCAUAUGGACAACCUCAGCAAGCAUAUGGACAGCCUCAGCCUGUAUAUGGACAGCCUCAACCUCAAUAUAAUCAGCAACCUCAAUAUGGGCAACAGCCUCAGUAUGGAUCACAACCUCAGUAUGGGCAACCCCAAUAUGGGCAAGUUCCUAACUAUGGAGCAGCUCAGCCUUCUCAAUAUCCAGGAGUAGGAGUCACUGCACCUGACCCAAGCGGCUACUCAGGCGCUGGGGUUAGGAUAUCAAAGAAAACUGCCUGAACUUUAGGAAUUAUUGGGGGUGGACUUAUAUUUCUUGGUAUCAUUAUGCUAAUUAUCUUUUCAUAA